AUGGAAAUUGGGGGUGUUUGGGUUCACAGGAAGAGUGGGAGUAGUCGGCGUAUUAUUAUUGGAGACAUGUUUGGAGGGGGAGCACCUGGUUUUGCCCUUUAUUUUAAAGGGAAAGCAGCGGGUUGUGUUGUUUUUAUGUACAAAUCUGGAAGUUUGAAGAGGAAACAAAGAAAGAAGGAGGAACAAUUGACUCGAUCACAACGAGGUGCUCUUGAUAGGUUCUUUGUCAGAGAACGUUCAACUAUUUCAACUGAAGAUUUAGUUGAUGAAUACGAUGACAAUGAUAAUAAGGAAUUGAUUGAAGAUGAUGGCCUUGAUGAAAAUCACGAUGAUGAUCCAAGUCCUAAUGAGAAUGAUGGCAAUGCAGAUGUUUAUAGUAUGAAUCACAAUGAGAAUGGUGACACCGAAUUUAAUGAAGAAAUGUUUAAUGAGAAUUUGGAUGCAGUUCAUAAUGACUUAAUUGAGGAAUCAAGAUUAUACACUCGACGCAUACAUAAUGGAGAGACAUCUGAUAGGAUAUGGCUUGUAUACUACAAGGAGAUUGAUAAAGCAUUUUGUUUUUGUUGUAAGUUGUUUAAGAAAAAGCCUAUGAUAACUCAGCUAGCAAAUGAAGGAUAUAAUGAUUGGUCACAUGUGGGUGUGCGGCAUAAUGAACAUAAACUUAGAUUGGAAAAGGAUCAGACAAUUGACAAAUCUUUUGAAGAUCAUAUCAUGAAAGAGAAGGAGCAUUUGAGAAAACUGUUACGAAGGUUGAUUUCAAUUGUGAAAUAUCUUGCUAAAUAUAAUUUGGCUUUUCGGGGCAAAAAUCAGAGAAUUGAUAAAGAAAACAAUAGAAAUUUUAUGGGAUUAGUUCAGAUGGUGGCAGAGCAUGAUAAAGUGAUGGAGGAACAUCUUCGUUGCAUUCAGAAUAAGCAGAUCCGUUAUCAUUAUCUAAGUAAUGUUAUCCAAAAUGAGUUGAUACUCAUGAUGUUUUCUGAAAUCCGAGGUGUCACUGCUAGUCCAGUUAAAGUGAAUGAGUAUUUCAUACAAUUUUUUAAUGUGGAUGACACAAGUGGCCUUGGACUUUUUGAGGAGUUGCAGAUGGCUCUAACGGGUAUUUAUCUUGAUAUUGAUAAUGUUCGAGGACAAGGAUAUGAUAAUGGAUCGACUAUGAAUGGGCAUAAGCAAGGUGUACAGAGUAGACUUCUGGAUAUUAAUCCAAGAGCAUUUUACACUCCAUGUGCUUAUCAUAGCCUUAACUUAUCCCUUUGUGAUAUAACAAACUGUAACUUCAAAGCUCAAGAUUUCUUUGGAGUAGUACAACGAAUUUAUUCCUUGUUCGCAAAUUCUACAAAACGUUGGAAGAUUUUGAUGGAUAAUCUUAUAGGAGUUACUCUCAAGCCAUUAUCGACCACACGUUGGGAAGGUGGUGUUGAAAGUGUUAAGGCGAUUCAAUCACAACCUCUACAGAUCAGACAAGCUUUACUUCAAUUAGCAGAAAAUGACAAAGACACAAAACCUCUACAGAUCAGACAAGCUUUACUUCAAUUAGCAGAAAAUGACAAAGACACAAAAAUAAGAAGUGAAGCUAAAUCUUUAGCAAAUAAGCAUUUGCAAGAGAAAGAUAUUUCAAUUGAUGUUGCUAUAGAAUUAGUAAAUGGCCUGAUUGUUUCCUUCAGAAAGUAUAGAGAAACUGGGUUUGCAGAGGCCAUGAUUACUACCAAAACACUUGCUGCUAAUUUGGGAGUUAAUUCAGUAUUUUUUGAGAAGCGACAAAUCUUUAGAAAAAGACAUUUUGAUGAGGUUGGAGCUCAGUCAUCAGAGUUAACUCAGCAGUCGGGUGAGGAAAAUUUUAGAGUUCAUUAUUUUCUAUUACUGGUUGAUCAAAUGAUUGGUUCAUUAGAGAAAAGAUUUGAACAAUAUCAGACAUAUGAGAAUAUUUUUGGGUUUUUAUUUAGACCGAAAAAGUUAUAUGCAUAUCAGAAUGAUGAUUUAAAAGCUUGUUGUGCUAAUCCUACAAACAAUCUUAAGAAAGAAAGUUCUUCUGAUGUUGAUGGAGAUGAAUUAUUUACAGAGUUGCUAAUCUUACAAAAUAUGUUUCCAUCAGAAAAUAUGAAAGCCAUUAACGUAUUGAAUUUCUUGAAGAGGAUGAAUUAUUUCCCAGCCGCUAGCAUUGCAUAUAAAAUCUUGUUGACUAUACCUGUCACGGUUGCAUCGGCGGAACAUAGCUUCUCAAAGUUAAAGAUAUUAAAAUCAUACUUGAGAUCAACCAUGUCGCAGGAGAGGCUAAACAGACUGGCUUUGCUCUCAGUUGAAAGUGGAUUCUUAGACAAGAUUGAUUAUGAAGCUUUGAUUGAUGACUUUGCAAAAAAAAAAAUGCAAGGAGAAAAGUUUUCCAGUGAAGUUUUUGAUGUCGGACAUGUCAAGAUUAUUAGUAAGAUGUUGAUUUAG